AUGGAAGAAGAGGGUACUUCUUCGAAUCCGUUAUCAGACGACAUCCAUUGGAGGUUUUCUCAAGUUAAAGGGAUCAUAGAAACCGACGAACAACCGACUGAUGGUAUGUCUUCAUAAGUUAUAAAAAUAUUCUAAUAAGAAUACUUUCUUUAAAAUUGUUAUUUUAAGUAGACCUAAUAUCAUGCGUGGAGUUCUCGGACGACGGAGAACUACUGGCAACUGGAGACAAAGGUGGACGAGUCGUUAUUUUUCAAAGGAAUCAGGUCCGUUUUGCACAUGUUGCUUACUUUAUGUUUAGUCGUGGAAUUAUUCUGGAAACAGAAGCAGUGAAUACAACGUCUACUCCACUUUCCAGUCACACGAACCGGAAUUCGACUACUUAAAAUCUCUCGAAAUCGAAGAAAAAAUCAACCAGAUAAGAUGGCUGAAGAAGAAAAAUGCAGCCAACUUUAUCAUCUCCACGAAUGGUAAGAUAAAAAGACAAAACAACCUGUUGUUAGAUAAGACUGUCAAGUUGUGGAAGAUCUCAGAACGCGAAAGGAAGGUGGCCGAUGGCAGUUACAAUAUCCAGAACGGAUCCAGGAUACGGAAUGAAGACCUCAUUCUACCCAGGCUCGAACCCAUGGAGCUGGUGGUGGAAGCUUCGCCAAGGAGAGUAUACGCAAAUGCCCACACUUAUCACAUAAACUCUAUUAGCAUAAACGCCGAUCAGGUAUAUAUUAGAACAGUUAAUCAAAGUGUUUAGGAAACAUUUAUCUCCGCUGAUGACUUGAGGAUCAAUCUGUGGCAUCAUGAGAUCACAAAUCAGAGCUUCAAUAUCGUCGAUAUAAAGCCCGUUAAUAUGGAGGAAUUAACCGAAGUCAUCACUGCCGCACAAUACCACCCAUCCGAAGGGAAUCUUUUCUCCUACAGUUCUUCCAAGGGCAUUAUUCGACUUUGUGAUACACGAACUUCUGCCCUCUGUGAUCACGCUGCAAGAGGUAACCAUUUAACUCAGGACCAUUAAUAUAAAACAACUUUACAGUUUUCGAAGAGAAAGAAGACCCUGCAACUAGAUCCUUCUUCUCCGAGAUCAUCUCAUCCAUAUCAGACAUCAAGUUCUCAAAUAAUGGCAGAUAUAUAAUGACCAGGGAUUACCUUACAGUAAAUGUAAGUGAUUUUCUCAUUUAUUUGACGUUUUAGGUAUGGGAUCUGAAUAUGGAAAACAAGCCCUUGGAAACAUACUAUGUGCACGACUACUUAAGAUCAAAAUUAUGCACUCUAUAUGAAAAUGAUUCCAUUUUUGACAAAUUUGAAUGCUGUUGGAGUGGGGAUGACACGUAUGUUACAAACAUUUAGCUAAAUCCAUUACUGAAAUUGCAGGCACAUUGUCACCGGAUCGUAUAACAACUUCUUCCGUACAUUUAAACGUGGAUUUGGAAUCGAAUCGACCUACGAAGCCAGCCUUGAUCUCUGUAAAUUACCAGCUAUGUAUCGGCAAAAGAAAAACAACAGUGGAUUGAUGGGACGCAAACGGAAGGAAGACAUAUACAUCGACCAUCUCGACUUCUCUAAGAAGAUAUUGCAUUGUGCAUGGCACCCCACGUCUAAUAUUGUCGCUUUAGCCGCCACUAAUAACCUUUAUAUCUUCGAAGGUGUUCCCGUCUCUCAAUAAGGCAAAAGAUCGUUGGUAUCUCCGUACGGGUUCUCUUUGUUAUACCAACGAUUUCGACUCUCAAGUGUCCGGUGGAUCUCUUCAAUCUAACAGCGACCAUUUCUCUUAUCAAGCCUGGAGCUUAUAAAAACUAAUAAUUUAUUUCGAGUAAUACGAUUUUAGUCAUGAACCAAGGUCGACUCUUGUCAUGGAAUUUGUGAAAUUGAUUCAAUUCAAAUGUUUUAUAAAUAAAUUCGGAUAGUGGGGACUCUGCCGUUAUAAAGCUCAUUUUCGUAUUUUGUAGUGUUGUGAAAGCGUUAAGAUAAAGCUAGCUGUUGCUGGUUUCCAUGCGGAGAGGAGAUGCCUUUUCCCUGACCACCCCCUUUGCUCCUUCCUUCCCUUCAUUCCGCAUCCUCUCGUUAUUUCGAAAGACCACCGUCAUUUCCCAAACGAAAAUUUAUUUUUUUGCCUAAAACCUGCUAGAAAAAGGCUGAUUUCCACAGGUUUUUCGUUUUUUUAAGACUUCGGUUAAGAUUUUUGUUCAGAUUCUCGGAUAUUUGCCCCUUAGCAUGUUGAUGUCGUCAAAAUAAAAUUUACUUUUGCAUCAUGCUCCUAAGAUUAUCGAUUUCCCUAGUUUAACCUCUGAGAACACCUAAUGCUCAUAUGCCUUUGUGAUUUUACAUGAAUCACAACGUCUUGAUUCUUUAUUUCUCUUGAGUCGUCAAUUUUUUCAAACGGGGUUCAAACAAACUCAAUUUCCGGGUAAUAAAAACACAAUCAAGGUGGGUUUGUGUCUUCUACUCGCGACGGAUUCUUCUAUUCCUACACAAUUAUCAUAAAAGGUUACCUAUAAUCAUGAAAAAGUCAAGAAUGCGAGAAUAAUAUAAGCUAUAAUUUUUGCUUUCAGGUUUAGUAUUUUGUAGCCAAUCGAUCUGUGCGAUGGCUUCAGUCUAAACUCCCAAGGGUGUCAACGAACAUUGUGGUAAGUAGGCGGGCGGCUUCUUAACCAAUCUGCGACCCCCAUUUGCACAACUGUCUUUUCAUUUCAGGGCGACCAGUCCGCGGACUUUCACGUUUCCUUCAUUUCCUCUUUAUCCAUCGUUUUAUUAUUGAUAUCAAUUCCAUUAUAUUGACGUUUCCGUCCUUUCAUUUCUAUUCUUCAAUAUAUUUUCUAAAAUUUAUCCUUGUUUCAGAGAUACAGUCACUCACGAUGA